AUUUCCUCGUCUUUUUAUUUAUUUAUUUCAAUACUCGCUAUGCAGCUCACUUUAAGACUACUUGGAUAGAUAUAAUAAUUCAGACAAGUAUCAAAUGGGUGGACAAUGCUUCAGCUAACAUGAAACAAGUAUGAUAAUGGUCUUCUGGUAGUUGAACCAGCCAAUGACAGGAUAGUUUGAUGCUGAGUAGUAAUUUGGGCUUAGCUGAAAUACUCUGUUGAUGUCUAGAAACGUGGCACAAAAAGUGCUAGCAAGAGCGUCAAAGUAAAAAAGUCAAAGUCAGCUGAACAUACGAUGAUGUAAUGCUCUACCUAUACGGCCCCUCCACCAAGUAAAGACCUCAUCUUAGACUCUAUACUCUAUAGUCCAUGCUUACUGAUUGCAGAUUUAUAUAACCAGCUCUAUUUCAUGAAUCCCCCCUGCGUGUCGUGAAUUUUAAACCAUCAUGGCAACUGAUAAUAUUCCCACAGUGUCCGCGACGCUCCGCCUCGAACCAUGCAUUUAUUCGCUGUCUUCUGAGCCACCAACGCUGCACCUCGAAGUGACAUCCUAUCAUAAUGGCCCCGUUACAACUUUGAUUGACAACCUCUCUCCUAGAUGGAUGCUGCGAAACGGCACGGCGUUGAUCGUCACCGAUCUAGUGAAUGAUUGCACUGUUGAGCAAACCAAGCGGAGGCCUUGUCGCAUACCUCCGCCAUCGAAGACUUCCGUGCCGUUAAUUGAGUCGCAAUUGUGUACGCUAUAUCCAAAACAACCACUCCUAAUCUCUGCACCUUUUUUUAUUCGUUUCAGGCAACAGAGCGCGCUAUUGCAUGCUACCGAUCCGAUACAGGCCGUGGGCAUCGAAAUGGAUGAAAGGUCCGGAAAUGUUCAUCCUUUAGUCCCGGGACACAAAUACAAGGUUUCCCUGUCUAAAGAUGAACACUUGCGAUGGGACAGUAUUCGCUGGUGGCGGUAUGGGACGAAGGAGGAAGUCUUGAAAAGGGAACUUGAUGGAAGGGCAGUGAGGUAUGGAAACAGUCCCAAUGGGGUUAUCGCUGUGGAUACUUCACGAGUAGCGCCGAUUGUUUUUACGUGUACGGAAUAGUGGUUUUGAAUGCCUGUGAUGUUCUUGCAAGGGGUACGUGAUCUAGGCGAGGAGACUCCGUUUUCGGGUGCCGGAAUUUUUGAGUGCUCGAGAUAUUGGCGCCAACGAUUCAAUGUUUAUGCACAAGACACUUAACAUGUUGUAAACUAUAUAGUAAGCAUUCAUGCACGAUAAGAACUGAAACUAGGCUUGGCGAAUCUACUCUAAGUAUUAA